UGGGCUUUGAGGGGUGUGGUCAAGCCCUCACAGCAGGUACAGGAACGUGAGAUGCCUAAUAAAUGUCGACAGACUUAAGGACUGGCGCCAAGGCUUCAAGCUGGACCUUGUACUUCUGUCCUUCUCUUCCCCAGCGUCCCAGCCACGGACUGACAGCAGCCUUUCCAGAACCAGGUGGCAGCAACUCCAGAAUGUGGCAGCUCGCAAGCCUCUUACUGUUGGUGACCAUCUGGGGAACUUCCGGCACACCAGUUCCUCCUGACUCAGUGUUCUCCAGCAGCAAGAGGGCCCACCAGGUUCUGCGGAUCCACAAGCGUGCCAACUCCUUCCUAGAGGAGAUCCGGGCAGGCAGCCUGGAGCGGGAGUGCAUAGAGGAGAUCUGUGACUUCGAGGAGGCCCAGGAGAUUUUCCAAAAUGUGGAUGACACACUGACCUACUGGUCCAAGUACGUCGACGGGGACCAGUGCGCGGCCCUACCCCCGGAGCACCCGUGCGACAGCCCGUGCUGCGGGCACGGCACGUGCAUCGACGGCAUCAGCGCCUUCCGCUGCUACUGCGGCCGGGGCUGGGAGGGUCGCUUCUGCCGGCACGGUGACAGGGCUUGUCACGUUCCCGGGAGCAACAAGGCAAUAAAUGUGUAG